AUGUUUCAGACUUCUGCUUUGGAUUUGUGGAAGGAAGAAUGCGAACGCAUAGGAAUACUGACGUUCUGCAAGGAUCUCGACCUGGCCCUGGGCACCGGCAUUGCACAGGGGCUGAUUACCGAACUAUGCGGCCGUCCCGGUAGCGGCAAAACACAGUUUUGCUUGCAGCUCUCAGUAAACGUUCAAAUACCUCACCAACUAGGCGGUCUAGAAGGACGGGUUGCCUAUCUGGACACAAAAUACGGAUUCUCUCCGCAACGGAUACAAGACAUGGCAAAAGCCUGCCUCGAUCAUUGCACGAAACUCAUCGCCUCCGUACCGCACAAGUACAACGCACAAGAGAUUAUGGCCGGCUUCACAAUGGACUCGAUCAUGAACAAUAUCCUCUACACGCACGUGCGCAAUUGUUCACAUAUUAUGGAGGCAAUCGCCGUGUUGCAGAACAAAUGCUACGCCGGCGAGAAGAUUAAACUGAUCAUAAUAGACUCCCUAUCGUUUGUGGUGCGCAACACGAUACCACGGACGCUCGAACGAGUGAAACGUCUGCACGAAAUACUUACCCCGCUCCACAAGCUAGCCCACCGGUUUGGCUGUGUCGUGGUCGUAACGAACGACUUGACGACGAAAAUUACGGAUUCUAAGAAGCCGUUCGACAACAUCCAAAUCGUACCGGCCCUCGGCGAAAGCCACAGCCACAAAAUUAACCAACGCAUCAUACUUGGACGGGAUGAUACGAACGGGCAGCAGCAGCACUUGAACCGCUAUAUUGCAUCGAUCGUGAAGAGUCCCACCACGCCCCCGAUUUCGGUCGCAUUUAUCAUUGAAACCGCGGGCAUUCGUGAUGUGCGACAAGGCCGCACGCAAGCGCCUUGA